AUGGCCGAAACCCCUUCAACCCUUUCCCCGCCCCUAGCCAGCCCACAAUCCGUAUCGGGCCUUGAUUCCCCCCAAUACUGGUGCUACCACUGUGACAAGCGCGUCGCCGUCGAAACCCUACCGGAUCUCCCCGACGUCAUCUGCUCCGACUGCAAGAACGGCUUCGUCGAGUCCAUCUCCGCCGCCGCCCUCCCCACUCCGGCCUCCUCGGGCGAUCCCUCCCUCGGCAACCAGUUUAUCCAGGUCCUCCGCCUCAUCGCCCAGGCGGCGCGCGAGGAGGACGCUCCGCCGCCUCUCCCCUCCGAUCCGUCGGACGAAGACUACCUCCGGAUCGAACCCGACGGAUGGGGCAACGAGAACGACGAUGAUGAAAACGAGGUCAACCGCGCGGUCGAGGUCUUCCACGAGGAAGAUGACGCCACCGACUACAGAUCUGACGGCGAGGAAGAAGACGGUAUCAAUGUGGUGGAGCCGUCGGAAGCAGAGGAUGAUGACGAGGAUGAAGAUGAAGAUGAAGAUGAAAACGAAAACGAGGAUGAGGCGCGGCAGACCAGGCGCGAUAUCCUCAGCGGCGGAAUACAAUCAUGGACUGGGCUGAUCUCCUGA